GCGGGCAUCUUGAGUUUCACGAACUGCUUCAAGCUCAAAACUCGCUCAGUGACUGUGCCCCAGCUGCCAACUAAAGUCACCGCUACCUUUCUUCUUUCUCAGGUCGGGUAGAUCUCAACAAGACACACAAUGGCUGACGAUGAGGCAAAGAAGGCGAAACAGGCGGAAAUCGACCGCAAGAGGGCGGAGGUCCGUCGGCGGAUGGAGGAGGCCUCCAAGGCGAAGAAGGCCAAGAAAGGUUUCAUGACACCUGAGAGGAAGAAGAAGCUUAGGUUGCUGCUGAGAAAGAAAGCCGCUGAGGAAUUGAAGAAGGAACAGGAACGCAAGGCUGCUGAGAGGAGAAGGAUCAUCGAGGAACGUUGCGGCAGACCGAAGAACUUGGACGACGCCAAUGAAGAAUCCCUCAAGAAGAUCUGCAAAGAAUACUAUGCCAGAAUCGUUGACCUGGAAGACAAGAAAUUUGACGUAGAAUAUAUUGUUAAGAAAAAAGACUUUGAGAUUGCAGACCUCAACAGCCAAGUCAACGACCUGAGAGGCAAAUUUGUUAAGCCUACACUGAAGAAGGUUUCCAAAUAUGAAAACAAAUUCGCCAAACUGCAAAAGAAGGCAGCAGAAUUCAACUUCCGUAACCAACUGAAGGUUGUCAAGAAGAAGGAAUUCACCCUUGAAGAAGAAGACAAGGAGAAAAAGUCCAUCGUCGACUUCAAGAAGGACGAAAAGAAGGUAGUUGAAGCGGAAGCAUAAUGCUCUAACAAUUCUACUCUAUAAUUUAUUUACCAAUACAAAUUAUGUUUAAGUAACAAACUUAUUAAGUAAUUCCAUCAACACGUAAGUCAGAACAGCAUUAUGCCCUUAGACCAUCCAAAUGUAAAUGAAUCAGCUCUCAGUACGUGUAUAUAAAUAUUUUUGUAUGUGUCGUUUUAGUUGCAUGUUCGCCCAUGCCUCCUAUUGGUUUUGUAUCUUCGACCGUAAUGUAUGAUUGACACCAGCAUGCAAAUAAAUAUAUUCGAAACAAAGA